AUGCCGCGUUACGGGGCACCCGGAUCCCAAGAAUUUCGAAUUCUUCGGGUCGAGAUCAAGGAGGGUAAGGAAAAUGGAAAUGAAAAUCAAAAGGCUUGGGAACAGAUUAAAAUACAGGUAGAUACUCUAGCAGAUUUGAUGACGAAGAUUAGAGAGGAGGUUGAGGUGAGUUUAGAGGGGGUGAGGGGGAAAUUGAAUGGGGUGGAGGAGAUUUUGGGGAUGGUGGAGAGUUUGUGUAGGGGUGCGUUGGGUGAGGAGUUUGAGGGGAGAAAGGAAGAUGGGAAGGGUGAGUGGGGUGAGGGGGGUGAGGGGGGUGAGGGGGGUGAGGGGGAUGAGGGGGAUGAGGGGGAUGGGGAAACGGGAAUGCGGGUGGGAUGGCGGAGACAGUGGAUAUGGGGAAUUUAUGAGGAGGAGGAGGAGGAUAUGGAUGAUGAGGAGGAGAUGGAGAUGGGGUAUUGGAUAAGUUGA